UCAAGGAGUCUGAAUACUUUCCAAAGGCACUGUAUCUGGGUCAGAAGUAUGUGGCCCCAUGUUGAAAAACCUCAGAUUGAAAUUGUUGUACUUACACUAAAACAUGGCAGCGAAUGCAACACAUGGGUGUGUCUGCUUAAAGGCUGUUGUGUGUUUGUGUCACAACACCACCGCUCUGUGGUAUUAUUCACCCCAGACGAUAUCCCAGAUGUGUCAUGUAGGGAUCAAAGCCCCCUAAGGUAAUCUGUUGGGUAGACAACCUACCUCAGUUGACUCUCUGGUAACCUUCUGCUCUACCAGCAAGCUUAACUAUGCCAAUAAUCACUAUGCAAGAAGGUGAAACUGUGACACACACUCAAACAAACGCUUAAGCACUCACUCAUGCAAGUGUGACUGAUAAGGGAACUGUUACAUGGGUGGACCUUGCUCUCUGUAGAGGUAGAUGUAUAUGGGGGAGUGAAGCUACAUUUGGUUUCACCUGAAGGUGGAGUCCCUCUAUUUACUAGGUCUGAUUCAACAGGAAAUUAACCUUGGAUCCAUUUUAGUCAUCGCUCUAAGAGUCUUCAACAAGCAGGGAAUAUUAGCAUGACUGUUACCUGGGCAACAUGGCCAGUGUUUUCUUCAGGUUGCUUUUACUCUAUGCAACAGGAGUCUCAGGAGUCCCUCAGCUGGAGCCCCUGAAUGUGACUGUGCUGCGGGGCUCAGAGGCUCGGUUUAACAUCAGCCUGUCUGAGGCCUGGUACUCCAUGUCAUGGAUGCUUAAAACUGUUUUGGUCCUCACCAUCAACAGCGGCACCGGUGUGUCUGAGCACAACCGUCGUUUCUCCGUUAAAAACUACUCCAGCGCCGACAUAUACUGCUGGGAGUUCAUCAUCCGGGACGUCUGGAGGAACGACUCUGGUGACGUCAGCUGUGGCGUCCAGGAAAAGCCGACCCAGACCGCUCAGCUCUUUGUCCAAGAGAGCGGCACAGUGAGGAUUGUGGGAGGUAACAUGACAGUGGCCCAGGGCAACCAGGCCAUCGUCCAGUGUGAGGCCUCUGGUUGGUUCCCUAAGCCCACAGUGAGCUGGGUGGUGGAUGGGGUCGUGGUGGACCAGAACAGCUACAACAGUAGCAGUGAGGCCCUGGACAGUCUGUAUAACUCCAUCAGCCUCCUCACUGUCCGUGGGGUCAACAGUGUCCAAGUGAAGUGCCUGGCCAGCGUAUCUGCCCUGACCACCCCACUGUCCAGCUCCAUCUACCUGGUGGUUGAGCCCCAAGACUGGACUGUGCUCAUCGCUGUCGUUUGUUCCAUCGGUGGCUUCGCUCUGCUGGUGCUGCUCAUCCUUGGAAUCGUCUUCUGCUGCAAACGCAGAAAAGAAGCAAAAUCCAGCUACCAGAAGGAAAUGGGGAGAACGAGGUCCCAGAUUGAGAUGAGUGGUGGUGCAGUGGGACAGAGACAGGGCAAGGAAAACCCUGCAUACGUGAUAGACGGCCAAACAAGUGUCACCCACAGUGGAUUCAACGACAGUGGUUACAUCCAGACUAACUAUACAAAACAUUUUGAGAUUCCUGAUCUUGUCAACGGUAACCAGGCAGAAAAUGGCCAUGCCAGUGCAUACAACAUCCUGGGUGUAACUGGUGUCAGGAAACACAGACAUGUUACUAUUGUGUGAAGGAAUUGUACAAUCUUACUCACAUACAGCAGAAUCAAGCUGUAAAAUAUGUCAAAUGUUCUCUAAAUGUUUUAAUGUUGCCCUUCUCUGCUCUUCAUGUUAUCAUUUUGGAAACUUCCCCAACUUUUGAAACAAAGUGGUGCCUCUAUUUUGGAACUAAGCCUCGAAGGGUUUGCUUGUAGGGCAACCUACCAGGCCAAAUAAUGUAAAAACACAUCCAUAUCAACUAAGGGCAGGAGCAUAUGAUGCCAACCAAACAAAUUCUCCUUGAGUUUUAGGAGAACAUCAGAGGGGUAAAGGACAUCAUCUGUUUUUUAAAUUUCUGUAUUGGGAGCAGUGUAAACUUGAAAAACCAGGUUGACCAAUUGAGGUUGAAAGAUCUCUUUCACAAGGGAGACCUGGAGGGGGCCAAUGUUUAUUAAAGUACAUGGAAGAUAAAUAAUUGUCACACUGAGCAAGCUAUUCAUUUCAAUAGGGUUUUAUAAAAUGGCAAACUGGGUGUAAAUUAGUCCAUAAGCACGCACCCAAAUUCUCUUUGACAGUAAGGUAAAUGUGAUGGAAACUCUGACAAACUGAUUGAUGCACCAAGGCCUGCCUCUCAAUACUCCGUCAUGAGCACAGGGCUCCAUAACUCUGUUAGGUUAAGAGCUUGUCCCCCCACAGCCCCAGCACCGCCACAUUUCUAUCUACUGUACCAGAUAGCAUUGUGGUGGGCCUCAUAAAUUCAGCAUGAUUGAACUAGAGAUUUAUGACAGCGAGCUGAAGUGCUCAGAGAGAAUCCUCCACAUUCCCUUCAGCCCAUAAGAAGGUGUCAGAGUCUGUUGGAACUCUCUCUGCUCCAGCCAUUCAGGUUUAGGCCUAUAUAUCAAUGUUCAAACCUAUUAUCUCCUGGAAUGUUACCCCGUAGGUCUAUUUUGUUAAUGGCAUGAAUGCAAUGUGAUUCGGUAGACAUAUUGAGAAGUGCAAUUACCCGAGACUAGGGCUGCAAAAUUCUUGUAACUUUCUAGAAAUGUCCAGGUUUUCUAGAAAUCCAGGAAGGCGGAUUCCAUUUCCUGCUUAUUCCCUCUUAAUUUCAGGAAUCAUCCGGAAAACCAGGGAAUGUAUUUUAACACUACCCAUAACAAAGUUUCCUUUAAGAGUCUUCCAUCAUUAUCAUAGUGUAAUAACUACAUUAUCAUGGGCUUUUUUGUUCAAACAGAACUUAAUCAUAAUAAAUCAAUUAUAUAUUUAUAAUAAAAAUGACAACAAUUCCAUAUGAGUGACCUCAAUUCCAUUUAACAAUUGUUUACUGUAAUAUGCAACAUCUUGUAAUUGUGAGGUAGGGAUUUACCAGAUGAAGUAUGUCAAAUUGUUUUGACCGGGUCAAGUGUAGUGAUGUAUGAUGUAAUCAAAUAAACACUUUCUAAUUUUCCUA